CUCCCACGUUAUUCUGUUUCUUGAAUACAGCACGGCCAAUGUGCUUGCUUGUGAUUGGUUACUGACCACGAAGUGAAACGCCGCUCCGCUCGCUAAACUGGUCGAAAUUCGUCCUCGACCCAACUGGGCCGUAAUCUUUCCUUUUUACGUCAAUUCAUUUUGGAAGAUUUGUUGAAUGGAACUUUGGAAAAUUUUACACCCAACCGCCUUUCGCUUGGCUCUGCUCUCCUUUUUUGUCCUGCUCGAGGCGCAAACGCUCAGCGAACACCAACAGGAAGGCGGCGGGGAUAACGACGGCGGCUGGUGGUGCGGGUCCCACCUGAGUGUGGAGGAUGAAGGUCUGUGUAACUUGGAAGUGGUGGACGGCUCUUCGCUGUCAUUGCGUCACUUCCUGGACAGUUACGCGUACAGGAUGCCGGUGGUCAUCACAGGACUGACGGACAACGCCAAAUUCCGCUCUUUGUGCUCCAAGUGGAAUUUACUGGCUGCAUACGGUGAACGGCAAGUGCGUCUCAGUACAGCCAACACGUAUUCAUACACCAAAGUGGACGUGUCCUUCAGGGACUACGUGAACGUCCUCCUCAGGCCGCAGUCGCCUGGCGUUCUGGGCAGCGCAGACACUUUGUACAUGUUCGGUGACAACAACCUGAGCGAGUGGCAGAGUCUUCUGGAUGUUUACAAGCCGCCCCCCUUCUUGCUGCCGCACACCAGCCGAGCUUUCAGCUUUGGAGUUGCCGGUCCUGGAACUGGCGUCCCCUUCCACUGGCACGGCCCGGGAUACUCGGAGGUCAUCUACGGGAGGAAGCGCUGGUUCCUGUACCCGCCGGAACACGAGCCCCACUUCCACCCCAACAUUAGCACCCUCUCAUGGCUGAGAAACAUCUACCCGCAUCUAACCCCACGCCAGGCCCCGCUAGAGUGCACCAUUCGACCUGGACAGGUCCUAUAUUUCCCUGACCGCUGGUGGCACGCCACACUCAACCUGGACACCAGUGUCUUUAUCUCUACAUUCCUGGGAUGAAGCUGAUGAACACACACGAACCAUCUGACAAACCUGACCUUUUCGUGACCCUUGAUCUUACAUGUUCAACUUUCAUAAGAUUAAACAAAAAAUUAAUUUUCUUGUCAUCAUCCUGUUGUAAAAUGAGUAAACAUGCAGCCAAUGGUGACAGACAA